UGUCACCCCUCUGUCUCUGGGUAUUGAGACCGCUGGUGGAGUCAUGACAACCCUGAUCAAGCGUAACACAACCAUUCCCACAAAGCAGACACAGACCUUCACAACCUACUCAGACAACCAGCCUGGUGUCUUAAUUCAGGUAUAUGAAGGUGAGAGGGCCAUGACCAAGGACAACAACUUGCUGGGCAAGUUCGAAUUGACUGGUAUCCCACCAGCCCCACGGGGUGUUCCUCAAAUUGAGGUUACUUUUGACAUUGAUACCAAUGGUAUCUUGAAUGUGUCUGCAGUGGACAAGAGCACCGGCAAGGAAAACAAGAUCACAAUUACCAACGACAAAGGUCGUCUGAGCAAAGAGGACAUUGAGCGCAUGGUGCAAGAAGCUGAGAAGUACAAGGCUGAAGAUGAGAAGCAGAGGGACAAGGUCUCCUCCAAAAACUCAUUGGAGUCCUAUGCUUUUAACAUGAAGGCAACCGUUGAGGAUGAGAAGCUCCAAGGCAAGAUCAGUGAUGAGGACAAACAGAAGAUCCUGCACAAGUGCAACAAGAUCAUCAGUUGGCUGGACAAAAACCAGACUGCUGAAAAAGAUGAGUUUGAACACCAACAGAAGGAGCUGGAGAAAGUAUGCAACCCCAUCAUUACCAAGCUGUAGCAGGGUGCAGGCGGCAUGCCAGGAGGAAUGCCCGGAGGCUUCCCAGGUCCUGGCGAAGCUCCAAGUGGCGGCGGUGGCUCCUCCGGUCCUACCAUUGAAGAGGUCGAUUAAAACAAAUCUCAACUGGAACUGUAUUCCGUCUUGAUCUGUUAAAACUCCUAGGACACAAAUUUGUAUUGAUGGCUGUUCCAAGUUUAAAUUUCCCAAGCAAGCUGCUGUAAAGUUUUAUUAUGGGGGCAUUAAUACUUGAAUCCACUCCAUCUGCCUGAAA